AUGAUGUCUACCGGAGGUUCCUACGCAGUGAAAAAGAGAAAAAAGCCGGUGCGGAAGAGGUACGUGGGACGGAUGAGAGCGGACUCCAUCUCUGGGGCGCGAGAGGCGUGGUCGAAGCUAGCGCAACCCGGAGAGUGGUCGGGCGUCCCUCUUAUUGCGGCGCAGACCAGCCCGGAGUCCCCCUCUGGGCGGGAGGACAGCUUCUGGGCGGGUGUGUGUUGGGGGGACAUCUGCGUCGGCGGUGGCUCGGGAGCUGGUAUCUCCACUUGUCUACCGCGUUUCUGUGCGGCGGGAAUUGAGGGGCGGAGAAUUCUGAGUCCUAAGCCACAGCCUCCUGAAGGAACCAAGUCCAACCCUUCUAAAAGGCACCGUGACCGCCUAAAUCAGGAGCUGAGCAAACUGACCAACUUGUUGCCCUUCCCUGAGGAUGUGCGGGCCCGAUUGGACAAGCUCUCCAUCCUCAGGCUCAUCGUGGGCUACCUGAAGGUGAAGGACUACUUCUCAGCUACCCUAAAGGACAGCAGUGCAGCCUGUUCAGCCAACCCAGCAGGAAGUGAAUAUGGCUCUCCACAAGUCAAUGCAGAGCUAUUUUCUGAAGGAGACUUGCUUCUUCAGGCCCUCAAUGGAUUCCUCAUGGCUGUUACAGAAGAUGGCUAUGUUUUUUAUGUCUCUCCCACAGUCCAAGACUACCUGGGAUUUCAUCAGUCAGAUGUCAUCUAUCAGAGUGUGUUUGAGCUGAUCCACAAGGAGGAUAGACACAUGUUCCAGAGCCAGUUACACUGGUCACCAGACCCAAAACCCAUCAGCAGAGAAGCCAAGCAGGACACCAGCCCUCUGCCUCAAGAGGAAUUCCCACCCUUCACUAGAGCCUCUGUUGACAGCCAUCAGCAUCUGCCCUUAGAAGACUCUCCCUAUCUGGAGAGAAGCUUUGUCUGCCGGUUCCGCUGCCUACUGGACAAUUCUUCUGGAUUUCUGGAAUUGAAUUUCCACGGCCAUCUUAAAUUCCUCCCCGGGCAGAACAAUAGGUCAGAAGACGGCAUCCUCAUGUCUCCUCAGCUGACCCUGUUUGCCAUUGCCACGCCUCACCAACCUCUCACCAUCCUGGAGCUCCAAACUAAAACAUUUCUUUUCCAAACAAAACACAAAUUAGAUUUCACACCGAUAGCCUGUGAUUCCAGAGGCAAGGUGGUCCUGGGCUACACCGAGAGUGAACUCUGCAGGAGAGGAUCAGGUUACCAGUUCAUCCACGCAGCUGACAUGAUGUACUGUGCUGAGAAUCACUUGCGUUUGAUACAAACUGGUGAGAGUGGACUCACAGUCUUCCGGCUACUCACCAAGCAGGCCGGCUGGCUGUGGGUGCAGUCCAACGCCCACCUGGUGUUCCGUGGUGGCCAGCCAGAAUGCAUUGUUGCCAGACAGAGGGCCCUAACGAAUGCGGAGGGGGAGGAACACCUGCAAAAGCGGGCCCUGCAGCUGCCCUUCACCUUCACCACAGGGGAGGCCAUCCUGUAUGAGAGCAGCCUCCCAGGCCUCCUCACCACUGUCCCAGCCAGGAAGAAGAGGUCCAGGGGCAGCUGUGACAUCUGGCUCUAG